CUAAAGAGGAGGAGACUGACUUCUUUUUAUUUUUCCUUGUUGGGGUUGGAAGUGGAAAGCAUGCCUUAACGAAGCUGAGUGACGAUGGUGGCCAAAUGGCAAAAUGACUGAAAAAAGAAAAUGAAGAAUGUUUUAGCAUGGGCAACCAAUCGGAGAUGGUGCCAAUUCCCCGGCGGCGUCCGCCUUUUCUAAGGUUUGCCUUUAUUUGGAUGAAAUAGACCGGGAAAGGCAUAUAUCCGCUCACAGUUUAGUAUUUAUCCUGUGUCCUCAAUAUAAAGCUAUAAAAGAAUUCUCGAAAGGAUUAGCCCUGUAGGGAAUUUUUUGUUUCUCUUCAAGCUUUUCACCUUCUAAUAAACAACCAACUCUAUUUACUAGCAUGUACAAUAAUCACCAGGGACUGUUCGGUUUCGCACCACAGCAUUCGCUUCUACAGCCAUUACCACCACCAUCACAUCUUUCUCAACGUGGUGGUGGUAUACUUGAAUCAGCAGGGGUUUCUACUUCAAGCAGUAACAAUUUAUUACUCCGCUCGACAACGGGAAUUAAAAGUGAACAUUUUUUAAAAAGUGAACAUUCUACUACUGCUAGUCAACUUUUUAAUUGUUGGCCUAAUGUUUCACCGAUGCUGCAAAAUUGUGUUGGACAAUUGGCUAAAGCUAAAUUUGAACUCCCACCACCGAGCAAUCUUCGAAAAUCAAAUUUUUUCCAUUUUACCAUCACUUUGAGAGAUCAUGGAGAUCAUCCUGUUGAAGUUGAACAAGCAACAUUUGCUGGUUUUGUUGAAAAAGGAAAAGAAGUGCCCGGUGAAAAUACUCGAAAUGGUAUUCAUUAUAAGUUGGUGCUCCUCUUCAUUAAUGGUAUGGAAUUUUUUUGUUUUUUAAAGAAGCUUUAA